AUGGCCAAAAAUCGGAAAAAAAACUGGCAGCAAGAAUACGGACAUGAAGCAGGUCGUUUGACAAGAUCCAAGAGCCAAGCUCUCAAGAAAAUUCUUGAUACGCCUGGGGAUAGGAAUAAUGAUGAUGAAUUUCCAGUAUUAAAGCGGUUGUCUCUUUAUGCAUCAUCUAUCAAAGGCGAUGGCAACUGUCUGUUUCGAUCAUUUUCAGACCAGUAUUAUGGAGAUAAUGGAGAUAGACAUCAAGAGGUUCGAGCUGAAGUGGUUAAUUAUAUGAAGGAGCAUUCGGACUAUUUUGCAUUGUUUCUAGAGGGAUCAGGUAGUGGUAAUGAAUCAUGGCCUGCAUAUAUCAAAAGAAUGGCCAAAGACGGUGUAUACGGAGACAACCUGGAGAUUGUGGCCUUUGCUAGAAGAUAUGGAGUCAAUGUAAUGAUUUACCAGAAUGAUUUCAUGUAUGUUGUCAGUUGUCAGGAAGAUGAUAAGGAGAAAAAUGGCGUGGUUCGUGACAUCCACAUUGCAUAUCACACAUGGGAGCAUUACUCAUCAGUGAGAAAUUUAGCCGGUCCUCAUAGUGGAUUGCCAGAGGUACAACCGUCUUUAGUAGAAGGAGGAGGUGCAAUAGAACCAUCAUCGGGGACUAGUGAUGAUGUUCCAAAGUGGAUGAUGGAUGCUAUCAAGCGCAGUAUCCCUUAUCCUCCUACUGAACAAAUGGAGAAUCUCAUUGUAAAGCUUUUCAGAAAGUACAACAACAGUCACGACUUUGGUCGUAUAGUUGAGGAAAUUAUUAUGAUGGAUAACGGCGACGGAGAGGUGAACUUCGACACGGAUGUAGAGGUUGUCGAUUCUCUGUCUGAUAUUGACAAACCGACCACAACAUCAAUGAUUGAUCAAGAUAAAGUCACCAACGAUUCGUCAGCGAAAUCUAUUCAGAAAGAUCAAGAUACUUCGGUACAGGUAGCCAAUAGUCCAGAAACCAGCAUGGGGGUUGAUGAGAUCAACAGUAGCAUGAGCAACAGUCCUGAAGAUAGCAGCUCACGAUCUAGUUCGACGUCCAACACAUCGUCCACAACAGUUGCAUCAUCUGUUGAUGAUGAGGGCGAUGAAAGUAAAGGCGAAGCUAAAUUAUCAAAUAUCAACGGUAAAAGAAACAGCAGUUUGCUUAGUAACGAAUUGACAGAGGAAAGCGAAUCGGAUAGGACUCAUGAAAUAAGCGUUAUACCUAGAAGCAGGGCCAAGAAAGAUGCAGUAACAAACUCUGCGCCGAGAGUCAAACGAUUGACAGCCCGGGAGAAGAAAGAGCGACAAAAGAAAGAAGCGGCCGAACGUAAACGGGCAUCAAAAAUCAGUUCUGUUUCCGACCGAUCUAGAUCAACUACAGCAGGUCUGAGUGAUACGUCAUCGUCCACGACAACAGCGACUCCUUCUACUACGCCGUCGACGCCUGGAAUCCGAACAAUGUAUAUAUGA